GGAAGCGGACCUUGUCACCGACGGAGCGGUAUGGCAGCGAUGAGAGUAGGCACAGCGUCGAUGGGAGUGGUCCGCGCGACAUUUUGAACAGAGACCAUUUCGCCCAUGGAGCUCCCCGGACUGCAAUGGUUGCGCGGGGAUUGAAUAGUAGGCGGCUCAAAUAGACAUGUUGCAAGUUGAGUCUACUCAAGGUGUGAGCGGAAACGCGAACCUGGACGCAGGAGGGUUUGAUGCACAGUGCAAAAUAGCCAUACGCACAGUUGAGAGACGGCACCCAAGAUGCCCUCGCCAUCAUGUCGGCCGAGAACCCCCCUCAAUUCGUCUACAAGAUCGUGCCCGAGGCCGUCGAGGAGCCCUUCCCCGCCGAGCUGCCCCUCUCCGAGCUCGACAGAAAGGAUGGCUUCAUCCAUCUCAGCACAGCAGAGCUUGUGCUCGGCACGUGUGAUCGCUACUUUAGUCACACGACCAAAAUCUACCUCUUGAAGCUGGACUUUGCCAAGACUGUGUCGAGGACAAAGUGGGAGAAUGGGUUCCCGCAUCUGUAUGGAAACUUUGGCAGGGAGGAGAUUGUGGACAGCAAGGCAUUCGAGAGAUCCGCGUCAGAGACGUGGAGUGAGAGCUUGAAGCGCUCAGAGUGGUUGGUUUGAUCUUGUCUUGUCCAUUUC